AUGGAGAAGCAGGGAGAGGGGGAGGACCAUUCGGGAGAGGGGAAGGACCAUUCGGGAGAGGGGAAGGAGAGGGAUGCGAAUGGGAGAGAAGGCGAAGGGAUAGCAAAGAGGAGGUUGCUACAGCAGGAAGGGUGGCAAGAGGGGCGGCAGGAGCAGCAGGAGGAGGAGGGAGAGGUGAAAGAGGAAAUGCAGGUGAAAGCGUUGCAGGGAGCAGGGGAGGUGGAGGAGAGGGAGGAGAAACGGGGGUUGCAAAGAAAGGGGGAGCAGGAGGAGGAGCAAGAGGCAUGGGGAGAGGUGGAAAGUAAUCAAUUGGAUUGGGGAUUGGAAGGGGAGGAAGAGGAGGCGGCAAGGCAACGGAGGGAGGAGGAAGAGAAGGAGGCGGUGGAGAGAAGAAAGAGGUUGAUCGGGGCUGUGCAAGGAAAAGUGGGGCGGGGAGGGUUGGGGGGUUUGAGAAGCGAUGGUGGAUGUGUGAAGGAAAUGGGUUUGAGAGGGGAGGGAGAGGUGGAAGGGGGUUUGAGAGUAGUUGGGUCAGAAGAGGGCGCGAGUGGAGGGGAGGGUGGAGGGGGAAAGGGUGAGGAGGAGCAAGAGGGGGUGGUGGGGAGAAGAAAGGCUCGGGAAGAGAUGGGGGUGGAAGAAGAGCGGAGUGGGGAGAGAUAUGGGGAAAGAGACGAGGAGAGAGAAGAAGGUGGGGGAGAAGCAGCAGCAGAAGCAGCGGGGGAAGCAGCAGAGGAAGUGACAAGGGAAGCAUCAAAGGAAAGAGCAGGGGAGGAAGCAGAGGAAACAGAGGAUGCAGCAGGAGGAAGAGCAGGAGAAACAGCAGAGGAAGUAGCAGAGGAAGCAGCAGAGGAAGAAGCAGGGGAAGCACCAGAGGAAACAGCAGGGGAAACAGCAGGGGAAACAGCAGGGGAAGCAGCAGGAGAGGAAACGAUAGGGACGCUAGACCUGGGGGGAUCCAGCCUGGAGGUCACCUUUGUGCCAUGUGUCACACCCCCAUUCGCUGCCACAUCAACCCCAUCGCGAUAUCUAGCCAACGUGUCACUAGGAGGGCAACAUUUCAGCCUAUAUGCACACUCCCAUGAGGGAUAUGGAUACGCCAAUGGGGGAGUGCCACGUGUUGCUCAUCCGUGCCUCCACGCUGGAUACAAAACACUCCACACUGUGAGGAGAAAAUGGGCUGCUGCUGGCGUGGACGGGGCUGCUGCUGACGUGGACGGGGCAGCAGUGAAUGGGGCAGCAGGGGAAUCCACCAAUCAGACCACCCCGGGCAGUCAAAAAAUCCUGAGGUGGAGGUUUUCGGGCAGCCUGAUUGGGCGGAAUGUAUGGCCCUUACUCGUUAUGUGGUUGCUUCUGGCGUGA